UUCUUCCGAAACUCAAAAAGUCGUCACUCCUGAACUUUUAAUUCAUAUUCUGAGAUCUUUUCCCGAAUUGAAAGCUUUUUCUGUAUCAGAAUCUUUGGAAUCAGUAAUUACUCUUGAUGUUUUAAAGGUUCUAUUUUUAGAAUGUAAAAGUAUACAAACUAUUGAUUUCUGUGGAUGUGCUAGUAAACAAUUUAGUAAUGCAUUAGAUGAAUUCUCUAUGCUAAUUGGUCGUGUUAAAAUAGAAUCACAUUACAAUGAUGACGAUGAGACUACAAUUUCUUUUCGCAUGACAUCGAAACCUUUAUUAUCUCAUUUACAAAGACUUUCAUUUCAUGAGUGUCCAGUAAUUUCUGAAUAUUCAACUAUAAUACCUCUUCUUGCUCAUGCUUCGAAUCUUAAGCAUCUUGAUUUGGGCGGUUGUCCUAUCAGUGAUUUAACAUUAAACUUUUUAACCAGAACGAGUAUUCCAACAAGUUUAUCACAUUUAUCAUUGGCCAAAUGCAAAAAUAUUUCCUCUGAAGCUAUUUCAUCUCUUGUUUCAAAAUGUUCUCGACUGGAAACUCUUAAUUUUUAUGGUGACAGAGAUAUCACUAUAGCUAUUAAUGAAUAUGAUUUAAUUACUAUACUAC